CAUUCCCAAGCACUUUCAAUCCAGCAGCCUGAGAGGAGCCUUCGCUGGCCUUGAAGUUGAUGUACAGAUAGGCAUGUCAAGCUUGCUCCCAGAAGGCAGGUGUAAGCAUGAAGGUGCACUCUGAACGCCUACAAUCCUCUGCAAACGAGCUUCACUGAAUUUUGGGUGAACAGCUUCUUUGAUGAGACCGGUAUGCUCAGACGGCACCCCUUUUUGGAUGAGGCCUAGGAAGAACCAUUCCUUGUGACCCCGGUCCCUUCGCAAGCUGCCAUGGCGGUUCUUUCGAACGGCCCCGAGGAGGGCGGCGGCGACAGCCUGGACCGGGAUGUCCCCGAGAAGCUGAUGAAUCUGUCCCGCCCCCAUAUCGAGUCAUAUGACUACUUCAUUGAGAAGGGCAUGCACGAGGCCGUGGCGCGGCUGGACAACAUGGAGAUUACGCAUCCUGUGGACAAGAAGACGCUGGAGAUGUGGGUCGAUAACCUGGUGGUGCACCAGCCAGAGAAAGAGUACACGGACGUGUCAGAGAAGCGGCUGUUUCCCAAUGAGUGCCGGGAGGGUGGCUUGACGUAUCGGGGCAAGCUGACGGCAGACAUCUGCUACCGGGUGGGAGAUGGGCCGGUCCAAAAGUUCGAUCAGAAGACCAUUGGGUCCGUCCCGAUCAUGGUCCGCUCGAGCCGGUGCCACCUGCAGCACCUGACGCAGCGCCAUUUGGUGGCGCGCCACGAGGAGGCGCUCGAGUUCGGGGGCUACUUCAUCGUGAACGGCAUCGAGAAGCUGAUUCGCAUGCUCAUCGUGCCGCGCCGCAACUACGUCAUGGCCCUCAAGCGCUCCGCGUACCUCAACCGCGGGCCCAUGUACUCCGACAAGGCCACCGUCAUCAGGUCUGCACGCCCCGACCAGACGACGAUGACCACCCGGGUGCAUUACCUGGUGGACGGCAAUGCGAACGUGGCCUUCACACUGCGCCGCCAGGAGUUCUUCAUCCCAGUGGGCAUCGUGCUGAAAAGUCUGGUGGAGGCGAGCGACAAGGAGAUUUACGAGCGGCUGAUUGCGGGGGGCGGCAGCCACUUCGUGGCGCAGAGAGCGGAGCUGGUGCUGCGGGAAGUGCACCGCUACGCGCUGCGCACCAGGGCCGAGUGCCUCGCCUUCCUGGGCGAGCGGUUCCGCGCGCUGCUGGACUACCCCGCACGGAUGUCGGACCGCGCCGCAGGGCAGAAGCUGCUGGACGACAACGUGCUGGUGCACCUGGAGCGGCCGCAGGACAAGUUCAACCUGCUCGUGUUCAUGGUGCACAAGCUGUACGCGCUGGUGGACGGCGGGUGCUGCGACGACAAUGCGGACGCGCUGGUGCACCACGAGCUGCUGCUGCCGGGCCACCUGCUCACCAUGUUCCUCAAGGAGCGGCUGCAGGAGUAUUUGCAGCGCACCAAGGCUGUCAUCGAGAAGGACCUCCGCGAGAACAAGGCGAAAGUCGACUUCUCCGACUCUACCUACCUCAAAAAGGCGCUCGACAAGAACGGCGUGGACAUCGGCAAAAAGAUGGGCUACUUUUUGGCAACGGGCAACCUGGUGUCGCAGUCGGGGCUCGAUCUGCAGCAGACGAGCGGCUUCACCAUUGUCGCGGAGCGGCUCAACUAUCUGCGCUACGUGUCGCACUUCCGCUCCGUGCAUCGCGGGGCCUACUUUGCGCAGCUGCGGACCACCACCGUGCGCAAGCUCCUUCCAGAGUCGUGGGGCUUCAUGUGCCCGGUGCACACCCCCGACGGCGCCCCCUGCGGCCUGCUCAUGCACCUCACCAUGCACUGCCGCGUCGUUACCACCGAUCGCGCGCGCGAAGCGGACACCAUCGCGGCGAAUCUGAACAACACGCUGCUCGAGAUGGGCAUGCUCCCGGCGGCCACGGGGCUCGUUCUGCCGAGCCCUCCCAGCCACGUGGCGGUCAUGCAGGACGGGAGGGUAAUUGGAGCUUUGCGAGCAAGCGCGGCGCCCGGUGUGGUGGCGCGCAUGCGGGCGCUCAAGACGCAGGGAGAGCUGCCCGCCGAUCUAGAGAUUGCUCACAUCCCGUUCGAGGAGGGCGGUCCCUUCCCCGGGGUGUUCCUGGCCACCAGCCCCGCCCGGAUGAUCCGGCCGGUGCGGCAACUAGACAGCGGCGAGGUCGAAAUGAUUGGCCCGCUGGAGCAGAUGUACAUGGACGUGCGGUGUCCGGACGGCACGACGGGCGGCGGCGCGGACGUCCGGUUCACGCACGAGGAGCUGCACCCGACGGGCAUGCUGAGCAUGGUGGCCAACCUGACGCCCUGGAGCGACUACAACCAGAGCCCGCGAAACAUGUACCAGUGCCAGAUGGGCAAGCAGACGAUGGGCGUCCCGUACCACGCCAACACGCACCGGCCCGACACCAAGACGUACCGCCUGCAGACACCGCAGAAGCCCAUCGCCCGGACGGGGACUUACGGCGACUACUGCGUGGACGAUUACCCCCUCGGGACAAACGCGGUGGUCGCCGUGCUCGCGUACACGGGGUACGACAUGGAGGACGCGAUGAUCAUCAACAAGUCCGCGAUGGAGCGCGGGCUGUGCCACGGCACCAUGUUCAAAACGGAGACCAUCGACCUAAAGCCGCUGCGCGCGCGCGGGGACGCCAUCACCACAGAGUUCCGCAGGGGGUCAAAGAAGGCGCGGCCCUCGGCCCCCGGCAAGAGCGGGGACCCCAUCGAAAAGUUCAUCGACGUCGACGGGCUGCCGCACGUGGGGCAGCCGCUGCAGUCGGACGACCCGUACGUGAGCGCGGUGAACAAGGUGACGGGGCAGGAGAAGCUGACCAAGCUCAAGGGGAGCGAGAACGCGGUGGUGGACCAGGUGACGCUGCUCGGCGGCGCUGCGGACGAGCCGGCGCAGGCGGUGUCUGUGAAGCUGCGGUACAACCGCAACCCGGUGAUUGGGGACAAGUUCAGCAGCCGGCACGGGCAGAAGGGCGUCCUCUCGCAGCUCUGGCCCGACAUCGACAUGCCCUUCGCAGCAAACACCGGCAUGCGGCCAGACAUCAUCAUUAACCCGCACGCCUUCCCCUCCAGAAUGACAAUCGGUAUGCUGGUGGAGAGCAUGGCGGCCAAGGCAGGCGCGCUCCGCGGCGAGUUCGUGGACGCGACGCCGUUCCGGUCGUCAGUUGCCCGCCAGGACAAGUCGAUAGUGGACCACUUUGGGGAGCAGCUCGCAGCGGCGGGCUUCAACUACUAUGGCAACGAGACGAUGUACAGCGGCGUGCUGGGGACGGAGCUGACGGCCCAGAUCUACAUGGGCGUCGUGUACUACCAGCGGCUGCGCCACAUGGUGUCCGACAAGUUCCAGGUGCGGUCCGUGGGCCCCGUCAACAACCUGACCCACCAGCCCGUCAAGGGCCGCAAGGCCGGUGGCGGCAUCCGGUUUGGCGAAAUGGAGCGCGACUCGCUGCUCGCGCACGGCGCCGCCUUUCUGCUUCACGACCGGUUACACGCGUCGUCGGAUUACCACACCACGGACGUCUGCUCCACGUGCGGGAGCCUGCUGUCGACGCAGUUAAAUGCAGGCGGUGUGAAUGGCCACCCGGGGGGGCCGCGAGGGCCGGGCGAGAAACGGAAGGUGGAGUGCCGGGUGUGCGGGACGAGCCGGGGGGUAGAGCGCGUGGCCAUGCCGUAUGUGUUCAAGUUCUUGGCCGCGGAGCUGGCGGCGAUGAACAUUAAAGUGAAAUUGACGCUCUCGAAAUGAAUGAU